UCAGGCCCGCCCCUCCCCAGCUGGCUAUUUGGUUGGCCAGCGCGCUUGCCACUUACGUCAUUCACCCGCGCCACCCGGAAGCCGCGGUUCCUACCAACCGUUCUUACAGCUGGCGGCCCUGAGGAGCCCAUCAUGGCGACGCCCCCUAAGCGGCGGGCGGUGGAGGCCACGGGGGAGAAAGUACUGCGCUACGAGACCUUCAUCAGUGACGUGCUGCAGCGUGACUUGCGAAAGGUGCUAGACCAUCGAGACAAGGUAUAUGAGCAGCUGGCCAAAUACCUUCAACUGAGAAAUGUCAUUGAGCGACUCCAGGAAGCUAAGCACUCGGAGUUAUAUAUGCAGGUGGAUUUGGGCUGUAACUUCUUCGUUGACACAGUGGUCCCAGAUACUUCACGCAUCUAUGUGGCCCUGGGAUAUGGUUUUUUCCUGGAGUUGACACUGGCAGAAGCUCUCAAGUUCAUUGAUCGUAAGAGCUCUCUCCUCACAGAGCUCAGCAACAGCCUCACCAAGGACUCCAUGAAUAUCAAAGCCCAUAUCCACAUGUUGCUAGAGGGGCUUAGAGAACUACAAGGCCUGCAGAAUUUCCCAGAGAAGCCUCACCAUUGACUUCUUCCCCCCAUCCUCAGACAUUAAAGAGCCUGAAUGCCUUUGA